AUGCAUACAGCCCCUUCAACUCAUCCAAAUCAAGUCCGCUCAGCCUGCGAGCGCUGCCGGCGCCAAAAGCUCCGCUGCUCACGCCCUGUUGGCCCAGUCGCCUCAUGCGCCCGCUGCUCCCGUCUCAACCUCACCUGUCAGCCCGGCCUACAGCGUCGCGUCGGGCGUCCUCCUAAGAAAGACUUACAAGUGGUCAUUCAUGAGCCCGCGGAUGAUGGCAUGCAAUUUAUUCAAGGCCUACUAGACGACUCAACGUGGAAUCUCGACCCAUUCUGCGGAUAUGCGCCGGAAGGUCUGCCUUUUCCCAUGGAGGCCUGGCCUGCUGUGCAGAGCCUUGAUGCCUCGGAUAUUGAGCAGCCGGUUAUGAGGCCUGGUGAGCAUUUGUUUGAGACCUUGUCCAAGCUGAAUGCCGAAAUUCAUCGAGGAAGGGAGUUCACGGCGCAGUUUAAGAGCAGUUUCGAUAUGAGCGACUUUAUCUGCAAAGUCCGUAAUACCAUGAACGGAUAUGAGAAUGUGCAAAUGGUAUUGAGAACAGCACAAGAGUUUCUAGUUGUGUUGAAAUCACUGCAUCGACAACUCGGCACACGCACAGUUUCGUGCUACGGCCGGCAGCCCUAUACACACAAGGCAAUCAAGGCCCUUACAGCAGACGCGCCAGCAUCUCCUGUAUCAUCAUCGCCUUCUCCCUCAUCGGCUGCUAAGUCGCCUACAUUGGGAAGCGCUGCUCCCCAGCUUCCCCCAGUUUUCGACUCGCCUACCAUGUUCCUCAUCAUAUCGUGCUACGUGCAGCUCAUCCAGCAUCUCGAGUUUAUUCUCAAGAUGAAUCUCAACACUAUUCAGGAGACACACCGCGAGCUGAUGGAUGCAGCUCCCAUGUCAUUUGCCGAUGUACCGCUGCUUGAGCCAUCGACUCAAUUUGUUCUAUUCUCUGAGUUGCUUCGUCAUGUUAUCACUCAAAUUAAUCUCCUCAUCGGAUUCCCUAGCCCCUGGUCAAGCAAGAGUGCUUGGACGGGCUUGAUGACGUCUCAGCGGUACAAGGAUAUGCUAAACUCCGAACUGGGUGCUGUUGAAGAUGGCUGGACGACGCGGCCCAAUAAGUUGUUGGAUUUGAACAGAAUCACCAAAGGCAUGCUUGAGGAGCUCACCAUGAUGGGGGUCUACUAA